AACACAAGAGUUGCCAACAAAUUCUCAUUAGCAAGUUCCAUGUGCAUAUAUAUCAACACCCAGACAUAUCUGGCACUUUGCCCAAUGGAUUCCGAUCAAUGUCAAGUAUCACUGUAACAGGAUGAACUUUGCACAGACCAAGUGCAGUCCCUGGGCUCGUCAGCUGUAUGGGGUACUAUAUUUAUUUCUACCUCAUUGCCUCAACUUGUCACUUUGAUGCCCUCUGUUUAUUUUGAAGGACCUUCUGUUUGGAGCAUCGAACAAGCUGCUCCAACUUAUAAGACAAAAGUGGCUCAAGAUGCAGAAAAAUAUCAGUGAUAUGGCUGAAGCAAUUACACUCUCCAAGACAGAUGACCAACCUUGGGGAUUUCGUGUUACUGGCGGCCUGGAUUUCGGGACACCUGUAACAGUGAUAAAGGUAACAGCAAACAGCCUGGCAGAGCAAGCAGGCUUGAAAGUGGGGGACAUGUUGCUACAGGCCAACGGACAGCCUCUUUCAUUCCUGACACACCAUGAGUAUACCAAGUUUCUUAUUGAAGCGGGUAACUUUAUUGAACUUGUCAUUGUAAGAGGUAGCCUGGUUUUGGCACCACCUUUAGCUUCGCUUGAACCAACAGCAAAAGAGGGAACUGAAAUUAAUCACCUGGAAGACAAACAAAAUGUUGACAAAACAGAUGACAUUUCAAACUCCAAACCACUUCCAGCUUCUGAACCUAGUCUAUUUGAAAGUAUUUUUGGGCCACUGGAUGUACAGGAAGAUAUGAAAAAUACUGAAAAUGUAAUUCAAGAAUUGAAUGAUCAGCCAAGCCAUCAGCUUGAAACAACAAUGGAUGACCAAACUCAAAAUGAAGAGAAAGUAACUCUAGUGUUGCCUGAAUCAGCUGCCGAAGACACUGACAUGACAAUGCCAUUACAACCAGGAGCUGAAUCACAACCACUGUCUCAAGAACAGGAAGUGAAAGAGCAAUCAGAAGAAACAGCAACAGAGGAAGUGAAAAGAGAACUAUCAGAAGAAGAGAUUUCGGAUAUAAUGGUGGGACGUGCUGAGGUCUUAACGGGAACAACUAUUGGAGUGGAUUUUGAUAAACUGGAGCCAAAGGCUGAUGUUAUUGAGAAGUCACAAGUUUUACAACUGCUCAAAGAAGAGGAAAAUGAGCCUGAAAAGAAGAAACUAACCACCUUCUUACAGGUGCCAAACCGACCAAAAAUAAAGCCAAAAGAGAAGCCCAAGGAAGCCAAAGAGCCACCCAAACAGCCAGAGCCACAAACAGAGAACAAAAUAAAUCAAGAAGUCACUGAAAACGGAGAGGAAGAGCAGAUAACAGAAAGUGAUCAACCAAAUACGGAACAGGACAUAAAAGAACCACAGUUGACUGACAAAGAACAAUCAGAAGAAAAUGAGUUACCAGAAGAACAAAAGGAGAAAAAUGAAAUUAAUGCUGAGACAGUGGAAAAUCCACAAAUUGAAGAACCUGAGAAGGCAAAUGAAGACAAGCUGUUGGAGAUCCAAAGCCAAUUGACUGCAUUACUGCAGUUGCCAGUGGUAAUGCAACAGCAACUCUCGUUUAUUCAGCAGCAAUUAACAAAUAUCGUACAACAAAAGAUUGCUGAAAUAAACCCUGUAUCAACUGCAGAAGACACCGAUGCUGAGAAAGAAGGUAUGAAAGACAUGGACAGAAAUUUCAUGAAUGAAGGGGUUAAAGAAACAGAGGAGGAAAGGGCAGAAACUGAAGCUCAACAAGAAGAAUUACAAGAUGGUGAAGAAAAAGAAACUGCUGAUGAGGAAGAGAAAGUACCAGACAUAAAUCAAACUGCAGAAGGUGACAAAGUCAUUGAAGCAGAAACUGAUGAAUCAGCUACUGUAAAAGAAAACCAGGAAAAGGAACCCCAAAAUGUGGAAACUGAUUCGGCUGAAACUACUGAAGAGACUCCGAAAGAGGAACGGAAACGUGACAUUAAGUGGCAGAAGGAGAGACCUAAGAAGAAUAAGCCAUUUUUCCCACUUACACCACAUCCUAGGCCAAUUGUGCUGCCAGGGAGAAUAAAAUUUCAGAUGAAUCCUGAGGAAGCUUAUGAUGAUGAUUUCAUUGCAGAAACACUGAGUGGAAAUGCUGAAGUGAUAAAAGGUACAACAAUAGGGGUAAACUUCCAAAAAUAUCAAAGGAGCUAUGAUCAUCUGAAAUCAUCGAGUGUGUAUCGUAUGAUUCAUGAAACUGAAAAGAGAUGCCCUGGUGCUUUCGAAGGACGGCCAGAGAAAAUACUAGCAUUGGAGGACUAUAAACAAGUAUUACAGAUUGGUGAGAGCUAAAUGAUAUAUAAAAAGAGGACACAUCUUAUAAUGCACAGAAUUCCAGAUUUCUCAACAACUUGAAGCAGAAGAAGAAGUUAGUAUACAAAUUAUUAAGGAGUUUACUACGAACAUAUCUAAGUGCAGAAGGACACUGUGAAACAACUCCUGCAACAUGGGAUGUGUUACAAGUUGUCUCAAUACUUAAAAAUGUAAAAUGUUCAAUCUUUGAUAGAGUAAUAUAAUUUACUGCCUAUGAUAAAAGAAGCAGUAUACUAUGGAGGUUUUAACUCAGCUUUUCUUUCUAGCCAGUAACCCAUGUGGAACCAAAAAUAAAAACCAGUAAUGUCUGUAUAAAACAAUCUUAAUAUUAUUUUCUUUAUAGCUCCCUUCCCCAUUUUAUAAAUUUUAGAUGCUCUAUGGCUAAUGUUGCAAAUUAAAUAAUUUAAUCAUCACUGUUACGGUUGUUUAGAAUUGUUCUGAAAGGUGUUUGUGAGCAUCCCUUGUGGCUAAUUCAGUAGUUUUCUUAUUUUCUGUGAAAUACACAAUAAACACAGCAUUUUGUUCUCUUUUCUUAACCCCAAUUAAAAUGCAGAUGUUCCUUGCAAACAGAUUUUCAAGGUAUCAAUAAUGCAAAUUUAACAAUUUCAUUGCUUUUUAUUGUCAAGCUGGUGGGUAAAAUAAAUAUUUUUGUUCUCUUC